AUGCGCAUCCACAAUCCCCUUUCCCACGCUGCUUCAGCCAUCCUAUUCCGCUUCCCCACUUUGCAAAAAGUUCUUUCUUCCCUCCACCCUAAGGAGCCCUUGUCCAGCUUCAGCGCCCAACUUUUCCAGCCAGGGCCUGCUCUGAUCCACCUCCCCAGGCAUCCUGGUGCGCUUCCCUCCCAGCAGGCAACUGGACGAGAGCGGCCACCGCAGGUGGCUCAGUUCCUAGGACUCUCCCACAACUUCGCACCUCCCACAGGGACUCACUGGCAGGUGCAGGGGCUCCGGGCCGGAGUCUUGAAAAUGUAUGGAGCCAGGAAAAAGAAGGAGGAUGUGAAGGGUGUCAAAAAGAAGGAAGAGACCAAGGAUGAAGCAGAGACUCCUGCAGGUUCUCCCACGUUGCGCACUGCUGUGGACCCGCACCCGGCUCCUAAGCACAAAGAGAAAAAAAACCAAGUCCGGGAGAAGAAACACCAGCGCCCUUUGACGGGGCCUCCUAGCCCCACCUCCAAGAUUCCCACUCCGAACACUGUCACUGCCCAGGCAAUGAAGAAAUCAUGGGAAGACCGCAGAAAAGCUUCGAGGUUUUCAAGUCUGCUCCUUCAUCUCUCCGAAGAAAAUCUGGAUGCCGAGGAAGCAGAAGAGGAAGAGGCCGUAGAGCCUCCGAAAGAGGAACUACAGGAUCUCGCUCCAAGGUCAUCUCUCCACAAACCUGUCACUGCCCAUGACAAGAAAAUGCCUGUGAAUCUCUCUGCUCUUUCACCCAAUCAACCUCAACCGUUACCAGCUGUUGAGACGGUGGAGCCUCAGCCAAGAGGACUGCAGGACCGUGCUCCAAGCACUUUCCGUGAUGUUCAGCGCCCGACAAUUCAAUCUUCCGUUCCCUCUUCUAAGUCAAGGAAAGAGAAUUUGGCGUCUGCUCACAGUCAUCAGACUGGAAAAGGUCACAGUGCAAGUAACAAGAACGUAGCUCCAAAUCAAGAAGCUAUGCCGAGGAAAGGUACGUUCCCUUUUAUUUGGAAAAUGGCACACCGACUCAGCCACUGGAAGACAGCGCACCAACGGAGGUGCACCAUGGAUCGAGAAAAACGUCAGAAGAGUACGAUUAUGAAACAUGAGCGGGAUACCAAAACUUCUGUGCCUUUACCCCUUCAGGAAGUGAUAGAGGAAGAGGCAUUGGAAAUCUUAAAAGAAACUCUGAAAGACUAUCAGAAGCAUCUUGGAGCGACCCAUGAACUGACACUACAGUUAGAAGAGAAGGCGGAAAAACUGCAUCUUCGAUUGAAGGGGCGUGGCGUGAUUGACUAAGGGACCCAUAUGCUAAAGAAGCUCCCUCCUCCCCAUGCGUGCGCUGUCUCCUUCCUCCUAAAGAACCACCAGAGCCCUGAGAAACUGAGAAUGGAAAAAGUAAAAGAUAUUUAUUUAA